CUCUGCUUUAAUGCCUAAUCCCACAAGAAGAUUCUAUUCAACACUGACGUCUUGCGGCCGAGUAAGGAAGACAAGAGGGUACUCUCUCUCAUCAUACACAUACACACACAUAUAUGGACUGAUUUCAACUUGCCACCCUUUCCUACUUCUCAACCACGAUCAUAGUUUUAUUUCUCUGAUCAAAACCAUAUUCAAAACUUAUCAUAAUGUCCGCUCCUACUGCUAAUCUCACCUUUGGAAACGGAAGCAAGUCUUCUUUCCCAACAGGUUUGUUCAUCAACAAUCAAUUCGUUCCUGCCUCUGAUGGAAAGACUUUCGCUGUCGUUAACCCUUCAGAUGGUAAGGAAAUCGCACAAGUUGCCGAAGCAAGUGCAAAGGAUAUCGAUAUCGCCGUCAAGGCUGCCCGUAAGGCAUUCAACGAAUCAUGGGGUUUGAGCGUUCCUGGUUUCAAACGUGGUGCUUUGUUGAUGAAAUUGGCCGAAUUGAUCGAAAAGAAUGCAGACGAAUUGGCUGCAAUCGAAUCAUUGGACAACGGUAAAGCAUUCUCAAUCGCAAAAGCAUUCGAUAUCACCGAAGUUGCUGCCAACUUGCGUUACUACGGUGGUUGGGCAGACAAGAACAUGGGUCAAACCAUCGAAGUUGACCCAGGAAAGUUCCACUACUUGCGUCAUGAACCAAUUGGUGUUUGUGGUCAAAUUAUUCCAUGGAACUUCCCAGCUUUGAUGUUUGCAUGGAAAUUGGGUCCAGCCUUGGCCACCGGUAACACAAUCGUUCUCAAGACUGCCGAACAAACACCUCUUUCAGCUUUGCGCAUGUGUCAAUUGAUCGUCGAAGCCGGUUUCCCACCAGGUGUUGUUAAUGUUGUUUCCGGUUUCGGUGCUGUUGCAGGUGCUGCUAUCUCUCAACACAUGGACAUUGACAAGGUUGCCUUUACCGGAUCCACACUUGUCGGUCGUACCAUCAUGAAGGCAGCCGCCUCCACCAACUUGAAGAAGGUCACCCUUGAAUUGGGUGGUAAGUCACCAAACAUUGUUUUUGCAGAUGCUGACUUGGAUCAAGCUGUCGGUUGGGCUGCCUUUGGAAUUAUGUUCAAUGCAGGUGAAUGCUGCUGUGCUGGUAGCCGUGUCUACGUCGAGGAGAGCAUCUACGAGAAGUUCAUGGAGAAGAUGGAAGCCAAGGUCAAGGCCAUCAAGACUGGUGAUGCCUUCAAGUCAGACAGUUUUGUUGGUCCAUUAGUCUCAUCUCUACAGAUGUCACGUGUGAUGGAGUACAUUGAGUCCGGAAAGAAGGAGGGAGCCAAAGUUCUCACUGGUGGUGGUCGCCACGGCAAAGAAGGCUACUUUGUUGAACCGACAAUCUUUACCGAUGUGAACCCUGAUUCUAAGAUUGGUCGUGAAGAAAUUUUUGGUCCCGUUGUCGUUAUUCACAAGUUUAAGGAUCAAGGUGAUUUGAUCAAACAAGCCAAUGAUUCUGUUUACGGUUUGGCAGCCGCAGUCUUCUCGCGCGAUGUCACUCGCGCAAUUGACACUGCGCACAAACUCAAUGCAGGUACCGUUUGGGUUAACUGCUACAAUCAACUCAACCCUCAAGUACCUUUCGGUGGUUACAAACAAUCCGGUAUCGGUCGUGAAUUAGGUCAAGCUGCCCUUGCCAACUAUACCAACCAAAAGUCUGUUCAUAUUAACUUACACGCUCCUACACCUAUGUAGGUUGUGUGAUCUGAUGACUAUCUGAUUCAGUCUUAUUUCCUACCACAUCUCUCUUUUUUGCUGUAUAUUUUCACCUCAUCUCGA